AUGGGGACAUUUGCACCAUAUGGUGAAGGGGAUGCAAGAUGGGGAUGUUUCUUGCUCUUCUUGGAAGAAUCCUCAGAGAGAAAGGAGAUGAUGGGAAUGAUGGAAAGGAUGGAAAGGAUGGGAAUGGAAAUGAUGGAAAUGAUGGCGCAUGAGAACGCCCCAUGGAUGUCGGUUGAGAAGCUGCCUCCGGUGUAUGGAAACCGCCAGAUCCCAUUUAACCUGGAGAAAUCGGAGACAAUCUUUUUUGGAGGGAAGGUUCCCGUCUUUUUCUAUCAUCACACGGCGCUCAUAUUGUGGGAAAUGGAUCGAGAAUUGGCAGGAUUGCCUCCCCUUGCCCCAGUUAGGGCAGCUCUUGAAUUCUUGUGA